CUCUGAACCUUUCUGUGUCGUAUCCAAUCAACGCUUUGCUCUUUCCUUACCGAGCUGUAAUCACAUGGCAGCUACUCCCGAGUACGCGCUGCUGCCGGACAGUGAGCUGAGCAUGGAGGGGAUAGAGGUGGAAGUGAGGGGCCCCGGCGGGGAGUAUUACCCGGGCCGCGUCCAGGACGUUCAUGAGGACUCGGUGACCGUGGCUUUCCGGAAUAACUGGAUGCCUGAGGGGCAGAUCCCCUUCAGUAAUGUAAGACUGCCCCCCACGCCGGCGUCCAACAUGGAGAUAGCCGAGGGAGACCAGGUGGAGGUAUUGUUUGGAAGUAACGGCCAGGAGUCCAGCGGCUGGUGGGUUGCGCAUGUGCGGAUGAUAAAGGGAGAUUUCUUUGUAGUGGAGCGCUCCGCUUCCGGCUCUCCGUAUAAUGAGAUCGUCAGCCUGGAUCGGAUUCGGCCGCUCAACCCGCAUAAGGAGGCCACCAGCAACACGUUCUUCAAGCUCAGUGUGCCGGUCCCGGAGGAUCUGAGGGAGGUCUGCUCCGUCGCCAACAUUCAUAAAGAGUUUAAGAAAGCUGUGGGUGCCGACUGUGUAUUUUUGGACAAAACGGGUGAAAACCUGAUUAUUCUGGCGACCAGCGAGUCGGUUAUUAAACAUUCAUCGCUGCUGUGCGACGUUCACCUGCGCAGCAUUCAGACCAUUCGCAGGUUAAUGAAUCAGAUCGAGGAGGCCAACAAGCAGCUGGAGACCAGGAAGCAGUUGGCUGAAGCCUAUCAGGAGGAGUUCGAGGUGCGGGAGGAUCUGAUUGGUCUGGCUAUCGGCGCUCAUGGGGUUAAUAUACAGCAAGCGCGGAAAGUGCCUGGAGUGUCCGCCAUCGAGCUGGACGAAAGCCGCUCCACGUUCCGCGUGUACGGCGAGACCCCAGAGGCGGUGAAGGCGGCCCGCGCCUACCUGGAGUUCUCCGAGGGCUCCAUGCCGGUCCCCCGGAUGUUUGUGGGCAAAAUCAUCGGGAAGAACGGGAAGGUGAUCCAGGACAUCGUGGAUAAGUCGGGCGUCGUGAGGGUCCGAGUCGAGGGAGACGCCGAUAAGACGGAGCCGAGGAAAGAGGAGACGGUCCCGUUCGUGUUCGUCGGCACGCAGGAGAGCAUCAGCAAUGCCCUGGCUCUUCUGGAAUACCAGGUCGCCCACCUGCAGGAUCUAGAGCAGCUGAGGAUGCAUCGCCUGCUCAUUGAGGACGAGCUCAGAUACGUGAUGGUGGGAGGGGGGCCGGCUACCAGCGCCUGGGCAGAAGGGGAUGGGGCAAAUACGACUGACGAUGGCCAAGGCAACUGGGGCAGCGCACCCAAACCGCCUCACCCCGGCAAGAAGAAAGAGGACAGAGGCGACGAUCGGGAACCCUCACUAAUCAUGGACUGUCUCUCGGUCUCCAAUACUCCAGAUGAGGGGAUCCAUAAAAUGAAGAGAAAUCCGGGCCGGAGACGCGAUCCGCUUCCCAACGGAGACCGACCUGCAUCCGCUCACAACGGCUUUGACGGGGGGAUCCGGCCGCAGCCGAAAUCUCAAAGCCGGAAUGCUGGGCGGCCGCUCCCGAGCCGGCGGGGUGGGCAGACCGAUAUCUUCCCUAUAUGGGGCCACCCAAGCUGGACGCCCUCCACGGCCCCGUUGGCGACGUGUCUGCGCUCUAUGGAUUCGGUCUCUUUGAUUUUGGGGAGCGGCGAGGGAUUCACCCCCAGGUUCAUUACCAGACGGUGGAGGUGGAGAGCAGCGGCUCCCUGACGAGCCUGUGACGGCGGGGGGCGGAGGCGGGUCAGUGCUGACCGGCUGAAUUACGGUACCCCCCCUCCAC